UUGGGCCUUAGUGUCUUGUUUGAGCAUUUUAGUCCUGGGAAAAAAAAGAAAAAAAGAAACUUUAUUGAUUAGUCCACAGCAUAUUUUGGAGUCCGCCAUGGGAGAGAGCAACCAAAUUCUGCGGCAUUUUCUGUUAAUUCCGUUGUGAGUGUGUCCGCGCAAACCAAUAUACUCCCUUCGUCACGCCUCUCUUCACUUCUCAAACCCCUCAAAUUACUCGACGUCUCCCUCAUUUGACCCAUUCCAUGUCCAAAAACUUUUAAUUAUUAAAUCGGCUUUAGCCAACUUAAAUCAAGAAUUUUGUCGGAUCGUUCUCCCAUUUCGAUUCACUUGCAUUUCUGCUCGUCUCUCCGUAGUACUGAUAUGAUGGACAAGGCAGAUCCUGCCCAGAAGCUGUACAACAAAAUGCGGCUAUGGGAAUUCCCGGAUCAAUACGUGGUGGAACCCACCGAUGGCUCUUCUGCGUCUUUCCUGGCUAUAAGUCGCCUCGAUGGAUCCAUGAGUCAUAUUGAUGAAAUACCGCAAUGCAACUCGCUUCGAGUUCCUAAAAUUCAGACGAUCUACGGUGUGGUCGGGAUGCUCAAGCUUCUGGCGGGGUCAUAUAUAUUAGUGAUAACGGAACGUGAAUGCGUUGGAUCUUAUAUGGGUUACCCCAUCUUCAGAGUUACAUCACUGAAGGUUUUUCCUUGUGAUCAUUCUCUCAAGGGUUCUCCAGAAGAACAGAAAAAGAUGGAGGGCGAGUUUUUUCGCUUGCUAAAUGUUGCAGAGAGGACUCCUGGUUUGUACUUCUCCUAUGAUGUAAAUAUAACUCUGAGUGCUCAACGACUUCAUGAUUUGGGUGAUGAAUCAAAGUUGCUUCCUCUUUGGAGACAAGCAGACCCUCGAUUUCUUUGGAACAACUAUAUGAUGGAAGUACUUAUAGAUAACAAGCUUGAUCCAUACCUUCUCCCUGUUAUGCAAGGCAGUUUUAAUACCUUUCAAGCUGCUAUUGGGAAAGAUAUCCUUGAUGUUGCACUGAUUGCACGAAGAUGCACGAGGAGAACUGGCACGCGAAUGUGGAGAAGAGGAGCUGAUUCCGAUGGUUUUGUUGCAAAUUUCGUGGAAAGUGAACAAAUCAUACAGUUGAAUGGUUACACUGCAUCUUUUGUUCAGGUACGAGGGUCCAUUCCCUUACUGUGGGAUCAGAUAGUUGAUUUGACAUAUAAGCCAAAGUUCGAAAUCGUGAGACCUGAUGAAGCACCUCGAGUAGCUGAGCGACACUUUUUGGAUUUAAGAAAGAAAUAUGGAAAUGUUCUUGCAGUUGAUCUGGUCAACACGCACGGAGGUGAGGGACGCUUGUGUGAAAAGUUUGGUCAGGCAGUGGAACCUAUUGCCAGUGACGAUCUGAGAUAUCUGCAUUUUGAUUUUCAUAAGAUAUGUGGCCAUGUUCAUUUUGAGCGACUUUCCAUUCUUUAUGAUCAAAUUGAGGAUUUUCUCAUUAAAAGCAGGUACCUUUUGUUGAAUGAUAAGGGGGAGAAAGUUGAAGGGCAAGUUGGAAUUGUGCGGACCAAUUGCGUUGACUGCUUGGACCGUACAAAUGUCACUCAGAGCAUGAUUGCUCGUAAAAUGUUGGAAUUUCAACUUCAAAGGCUUGGUGUUUUUGAUGCUGAUGAGACUAUCAGUAAACAUCCAAAUUUUGAUGACAGCUUUAAAGUUUUGUGGGCUAACCAUGGGGAUGACAUAAGCAUCCAGUAUUCUGGUACUCCUGCUCUAAAAGGAGAUUUUGUCAGAUGUGGCCAGAGAACAAUCCAUGGGAUUCUGAAAGAUGGCUGGAAUGCUCUCAUGCGGUACUACUUAAACAACUUCUGUGAUGGAACAAAACAGGAUGCAAUUGAUUUAGUCCAAGGACAUUAUAUUGUUUCUGUUUCUCGGAGCAUGACUCCUACAGCACAGAAAGAUGGCAUUGAGGCUAUUGCGUCCUUUCCACUGGCUUUAGCUCUGAUUAUGACUGGGUUCUUCUUUGCAACUAUGUCACUAAGACGAGUUCGAUAUGACAUGUGGAAUUUAUUAUUUUCAAUCAUGUGGGCAAGCAUGAGUUUGGCUAUAGCAGCCUUUGUGAGGGCCAAUGGUCGCGUUUUCUGUAACCGUCCUCGUCUGCACCAACCUAGGCGUUGAUUUAAAGGUUUUUUCAGCGAUGUUCUAGCCCUCCUGCUGAGGAAGCUCUAUUGUUGAUUUUUUCAUAGCACAUGUAUGAUUCUUUCCUUAUGAAACUGUCAUCUACAAUUUUUUCGUGUCAGCCAACAUAAGUAGCCCCUUCGUGUCAAAAUAUUUCGAUUUUGUUAAACACUGGCGAAUGUAUACCGUUCCCUUCAAUUAUUUAAUUGACACUCAGGUGAUUCUUUUGAUUACUA